AUGCUGAUAAAAUUCGCCAUGAUACGCUGCGAUUUGACGUAAAGACGUAAGAAAAAAAGCUCACCUACAAAAUUUUCGAGUGCACUUUCUAUGAAAACGGAUCAACCAUCUCACCUACAUGUAACAUGUUCUCACUGAACUCUAUAAACACUCAAAACCAGAUUCUAGUAAGUUUUAGCCAGUUAUCGUCACGUUACUCUAGUCUAUUCAGACAUAGGAAGCAGAGCCAUGCUAAAAAUAAAGAUGUGAAGGGGAAAGAGGCUACUGCAGCGUUGAGUGAUGCAACAAUCUGCCCCGACAGUUUCGAAGAGGCUUUUCAUCAUUUUGAUAAGAAUGCCCUGGCUGAGAUGCGAAAUAUUGACGUAAGAGCCUUCGUGUCACUCGCCGGGACCUCGACAAGUGCAAUAAGACAGUUACCAACCCUACAAUCCGCUAAAAGAGUGUCAUACAUAUCGUCAAAUUCAUUUGAAAAAAAUAAAAAUGGCUGGUUGGAUUCCCCAUCUAUUACUGUUAAUUUUGCCGGCAAAAACUCCAGAUUAACCCUCACAGACAACUUCGUCGGUCUCCUAUCAAGAAGUAUACAAGAAAAUAAGUUUAAAUAUAGCAUACAAGUUAGAGGAUUUAAAACAGAAAGAGGUAUACAUGCAGAUUUGAAGAGGAAUCCUAACAUUAUUAAUAGACUGCGUAAGUUUCUGGGUCUAAAUGUAUCUGAAACAACAGACAAACAAACAAAUCUAAGUCCUGAUGUGGCGCCCCGACUAGAGAAACUGCUCAAUGAACAUACAUUGCUCACUCACCAACAGAAAGACAAGAUUAAAAUAGCCUUUGCCGAGGGAUAUUUAGCAGGUUCACAUCCAGACAAUGUCCGCGGCACCAAGGCGUCCAAAUACCUAAAGCUGGUGCAGCAGCUGCUGACGAUUGUCCUGUUCCUCGCCAUCUUCGUCAGCCUCAUGGCGUCCGUCAGCGGGACUGUCUUCCGGAUUCAGCUGGGGAACCAGGUGGAGGUGGACCCUGAGGACAUCUCUGUCACGUUUGAUGAUGUCAAGGGAGCUGACGAGGCCAAGCAGGAGUUGAAGGAUGUGGUGGAGUUCUUAAAGUCGCCGGAGAAGUUCUCGACGCUGGGCGGCAAGUUGCCCAAGGGCGUGCUGCUAGUGGGUCCGCCGGGCACUGGCAAGACUCUGCUGGCGCGUGCUGUGGCGGGCGAGGCGCGCGUGCCUUUCUUCCACGCCGCCGGGCCCGAGUUCGACGAGAUCCUCGUCGGGCAGGGGGCCAGGCGCGUGCGGGAUUUAUUUAAGGCAGCUAAGGAGCGCGCGCCGUGCGUCAUCUUCAUAGACGAGAUUGACUCGGUUGGUGCUAAGAGGACAAACAGUGUGCUGCAUCCAUACGCUAAUCAGACAAUAAACCAGCUGCUAUCAGAGAUGGAUGGUUUCCACCAGAACGAGGGUGUGAUUGUAUUAGGAGCCACCAACCGCAGGGACGACUUGGACCCCGCGCUGCUGAGACCCGGCAGGUUCGACGUGGAGGUGUCAGUCCCUACGCCAGACUACGGCGGGCGGCUGGAGAUCCUGCGGCUGUACGUGGCGCGAGUGGCCGCGCACCCCGAGCUGGACGUGGAGGCGCUCGCGCGCGGCACCACGGGCUUCACCGGCGCCGACCUCGAGAGCAUGGUCAACCAGGCCGCACUCAAGGCAGCAAUAGAAGGCGCGAAGGCCGUGACCAUGGCGCACCUGGAGGAAGCGCGAGACAAGGUACUGAUGGGCCCGGCGAGGCGCGCCAAGCUGCCUGACGAUGAGGCCAACGCUAUCACCGCCUGCCACGAGGGCGGGCACGCCGUCGUCGCAUACUACACUAAGGAUUCCCACCCACUACACAAGGUCACAAUUAUACCCCGAGGGCCGUCACUGGGUCACACAGCAUAUAUACCCGCCAAAGAAAGAUACCACGUGACCAAACAGCAGCUGCUCGCCAUGAUGGACACGAUGAUGGGGGGCCGCGCUGCUGAAGAGCUCGUCUUCGGACCCGAAAAAAUUACUUCCGGCGCGUCGUCAGACCUAAAACAGGCGACGUCGAUCGCGUGUCACAUGGUGCGCGAGUGGGGCAUGAGCGAGAAGGUGGGACUGCGCACCAUGGAGUCUCCGCGCAACUCGCCCGAGCAGCUCGGACCAUACACCAACGAGCUGGUGGACGCAGAAAUCAAGAAGAUCCUGUCCGAGAGCUACGAACGCGCCAAGGCCAUACUCCGCACGCACGCGAAGGAGCACAAAGCGCUGUCCGACGCCUUACUCAAAUACGAGACGCUGGACGCGGAGGACAUAAAGGCGAUAAUGAACGGCGACAAGAUAAAGUCGGAGCGUCUGCGCGCCAACAAGGACGCGCCCGCCGGCCAGCCCGCGCCCGUCGCCGCGGGCCUGCUGGGGCAGCCGGUGCCCGCGCCCGCCUAGCCGCCUCACAGAUUAAAAUUUGGCUUCCCAUGAUUGGUCGGUGGGCGUGUCGUGGCUUAUCGUCUCGAAACUGUACAGUCAUAUUUAUAGAAAACUGAGGAAAAGUGUCUUUGAAAAUUUUGCAGGUAGCCUACCCUCAUUGUCAUCCUAAAAUUUUAUUUCAAUAAUAAAAAUAAGUAUAACGUU